GACAACCCAGGCUCGUCAUAUGAGACUAUCAAAGGGUACUAUGAGGUGUCGCAUGGGCCAACGCAGGCAGAUGUCUGUCCAGGUCUACAACUACCAGGGUGUAAAGCACCCUCUCGUCUGGGUGUUCUUUUGUCCCAAUCCUGAACCCUUCUGGUCUUGACCAUGUCGCCAAAAUCAUGGCUGGCCUUUGCGUUGCUGGCAUCGCAAGGCUUCGCGGCGCAACCUAACGCACCCGAACCGCUCGAGGCACCUCUCCGAGCUUUGCGGUUUGGACAGCUCAACUUCCUACAUACUACCGACACCCAUGGUUGGCAUGCUGGCCACCUGCUUGAGCCGUCUUUCAGUGCGGACUGGGGUGACUACGUCGACUUCGCGGCUCGGUUAAGGGAGAAACUCGAAGGAGAGGGCCGAGAUCUACUCUUGGUCGACACCGGUGAUCGUGUCGAGGGCAACGGGCUUUAUGACGCAUCUGACCCGAAGGGGCUGUUCACAUUUGAUAUUUUCCGGGCGCAGCAUAUGGACAUCAUCUGCUCUGGCAACCAUGAGCUUUACAAGCAGAACUCGUCCGAGAACGAAUACUUGAUCACCGCUCCUGCAUAUCGGGAUAGCUACCUGGCUUCAAAUAUCGAUAUCGUCCAUCCCACAACUGGAGAGAUUGUACCUCUGGCUCCCAGAUACAAGAAAUUCACGACGAAGGUGCAAGGAAUACGAAUCAUGGCGUUUGGGUUCUUGUACAAUUUCGACCGCAAUUACAACAACACAAUCGUGCAGAGAGUUGAGGACACCGUUCGAGAAGACUGGUUUCAAGCAGCCAUCCGAGAUCCGGACAUCGAUUUGUUUGUCGUGGCGGGACAUGCCCCCGUUCGAUCUGACGAAUUCGAUGUAAUAUUCGAGGCUAUCCGCUCUGUUCGGUCGGAUACACCCGUCCAGUUCUUCGGUGGACAUUACCACAUCCGCGACUACCGCGUGUUUGAUAGUAGAGCGCACGGUUUGGCCAGCGGGCGGUUCAUGGAAACCAUCGGGUUCCAGUCUAUCAGUGGCUUAUCGACCAACAGCAGCACAGACACCGCAUCAAGCUUAAGCUUCUUCCGGAGGUACAUCGAUAACAACCUGUAUUCCUUCUACCACCACACCGGGCUCAACGCGUCGACCUUCCAUUCCGAGCGUGGUCGAAACAUUACCAAAGGGAUCGAAGAGGCUCGGAACGCUCUCAACCUCGAUGACACAUUCGGAUGUGCACCGCGGGAUCUGUGGAUGAGCCGGGCCAAAUAUCCCAGUAACAGCAGCAUCUUCAGCUGGCUUGAAGAAGAAGUGUUUCCGGGCAUAAUCCACGAUACGCGGCGGGGUGAUAGGCCCAGACUGGUCAUAUCCAACACCGGAGCUAUUCGGUUUGACAUCUUCAAAGGGCCCUUCACCAAGGAUUCCACGUAUAUUGUGUGUCCGUUUACGAGCGGCUUUCACUUCCUCAAGGAUGUGCCUUACAAUACAGCACGGAAACUCAUUCACCUCUUGAACAGCGGGGGUGAGAUCUUCGAAAGUGUCGACUCCUCACUGGCAUUGUGGAAGAUGUCUCCUCCCGGCCAGCUGGGUAUCCCAGAAGAGAUCGUUGCCCCAGCACAGUCGUCUUACGAGCAACUUCAUAACGUUGGCCAGACUCCGAUCUUGACCUCGGACGACAAAGCGGUCAUACCAGGCUACACCACAGUGGAUGAUGCGGGAGAUGAAGGGGACGACACCGUUCAUGCUCCAAUAUCAUUUUACCGAGUGCCGAACUGCAUCCAAGCCGAGAUUAACCCGCGUGGUAUAGACUUGGACGAUGAAGUCGUGGAUGUCGUGUUCAAUGAGUUUAUCCAACCGUGGAUUCUUAUCGGGCUGAAAUUCCUGGGCCUCGACUAUUCGGACAGGGAUGUGGACAAAUACUUACCUGGAUACGACAUGACGACCCUUAUCUCCAAAUGGGUCAGCGAAAAUUGGGCAGACAAUUGUUGAAUGAAGAACAUUGUGAAAUCUGGCCAUAUUGAUCGCUUGGACAGUGACAUUACAGAUUAAAACACCAGAUUGAAGCAGCACUCAUGGUGACGUCCAAUACCUGCGCAUGUGCCCGAUCUUUGAUCAACCAAGAUGUCGGUCAUAUAUCAUGGCCCAGCUUUUCACACCUUCACCACCCUCUUCAGGCCACCCUUUAGCAUUUACUCGGCCCUUGCCGAUCACGACUUCUUCACAUACUCUGAAUCCCAUGUCUUCAUAUUCUCUUUUCGAGUCUUCACUGGCGGUCUCCAGCCAGACAGGCACAUCUUGUUCCUGGGCUUUCUUCAAAAACGGGUCCAUGCAAGCCUUAAGCGCGGCAAAGCUCUCGUCUGGAUCGGCCUCGGGAUCCCUCGCUAUAAGGGAGAGGUGGAAAAACGGGCGUGUCUCAUAAUCCACGUCCUUGUUGAAGUCUGCCGGGUAGGGGUCUUCGGAAGGUGCGCCGGAGGACUGACUGGGCGCUGCGGGCUGGUCGUAGCUUCGAGGCCCUUGGUCAGGCAAGGAGAGAUACUUUGCCUUGAGCGUGCGCGCGGUACUUCUGAACUCUUGCAGAAUUGGCCCGGGAUUCCGCCGAGCCUGUGACGGUGGGAUCCCGCAGAAGUCCGGUGGCUCCCAUAGCGCCGCCGCUGUAAAGUUCCCCGCCUCGAUCAGAACAACAUUGCUCUGCGCUGCGGCGGUGAUGCCUAGAGUGAAAUGUUUCUUCAGGCGCUCUGGGGUGAUGACUUCCGCAGCGUUCGCCGUUGGCGGGGUAUUGUCGAUCUCUGUGAUGAAGGCGGUGGUGAGAGGCGUGGUCAAGUAUGCCCGCGAGAGGAGCGAGAUGAAUUUGUCCAGGAAGGCCUUAUCGGGCGAAGUCGUGGUCGUGGUUGCAAUAGACAUGGCGGUCGUCCCAACACAAGGGAAGAAUAUCAGAGUCGUGCAAGUUACAGUUGGCAAAGGUCUGUAACCUACGAUCCGCGCAAAUGGUCGCACAUCUGUACCUAGUAAGCACAAGGGAUACAAGAUCAGUACCUAUGUAGAGUCAAGCCAGAGGACGACUUGGGUAAACAUUGAGAACAGCGGCUGACAUGGGGCCGCCUGCAUUUAUGUACCUAGGUGGUGGUAUGCCUGAGGCUGAUGCCGCACCACCAUUGGCGCCGCGUGGAGGUCAUGCAUAGCUAGGUACCUAGUACCUACCUCCUCAGCUUACUUACCUUUUAUUACCGUGUUACCAUUCGAGAGAUCUGCCAAAUAGUGCGUCAUGCCAGCGGCCCGGCAAGUCUACCUGGUACUUGAUCCCGGGCACGGCACCCUCUACUAUAGCAACUAUGGCCUAACGAUGAGACUCGAAAGUUUGGUGAGAAUACCCUGCAGUAGUAUAUAUGGGAGCAGCCAGAGGUACCUAGGUAG